GGCAGCGCCGUCUUACUGCAGUGGUAGACGGAGUAGACGGACCUAGAGCAGCGCAGUCGAAGCAAUGUUUCUCGUCGUGUGUGUCGUGCAGCGCACGUAAUUGUGAGUCAAGUGAAUCUUGGGUCCGAUUUGCUCGUUCGGCGGCCGACUACUAUGCGCGGCCGCCUCGCCAGACCCUUCUAGCCGGCCGCCGCCCGCUCUCGUCGAAUCGCCAUGUGAAGGAAAACUGAGGGCGUGUUUUAUAUGCGAGCCUCUGGUUAAUUCGCAGCUAUGGCAGCCAGGGUGGAGGACAACGGCCAGUCCACGGCCGACGACAUUGCUCGUUGCGGCAACCUCAAAAAACUAAAGACUAUGAAGAAGAAAUACUUUGUGCUUCGAAGAGAGAGUGCCAAAUUACCAGCAAGGCUGGAGUACUACGACUCUGAGAAGAAGUUCAGUGCUGGAGUCCCGCCCAAAAGGAGUAUAACUUUGAAAAAGUGCUUCAACAUAAACAAGCGGUUGGACACGAGGGUAAAACACUGUCUAGCACUUUAUACAAAAGACGAUAGCUUUUGUAUUGUCCUCGACUCUGCCGAGCAAGCAGACGAUUGGCUCAAUAAAUUAUUAGAACUGCAGAACGGCGGCUCCACUGUUCCGGGCGUUGCUCCCAAGCCCACUUUUGAAUUUGUGUGGGAGGUAAAGAUGCAGGAGAAGGGGUUGGGCGCCUCCUACGAAAUUCUAGGGCCAUACCGAGUGUGCCUGACGGCCAGGUCGCUCAGCCUCCUCAAGAUGAACUGCAAGGACGAGGCUGAUAUCGAGCGCAAUUUUUACGACUUUCCUCUGGCCAGCAUCAGGAGGUGUGGGGCAAGCGAGCGGUUUUUCUACAUGGAAGUCGGCCGCUCGAGCAUCACAGGCGCCGGUGAAUUGUGGAUGGUCACCGAGGACAACCACAUUGCCCAGCACAUGCAUAGUGCCAUCAUAGGGGCCAUGUCCAAAAACAUCAAGAGCAAUCUUGGCGCCACGCCCCCCUCUGCAGACUCUGAGUUGGACUCUCUCGGCCCGAAGCCCCGCAACAGGUCCAGCUCGGCCACAGAGUCCUCCAAGCCCAUCCUCAUGCAGCAACGCCGUCAGACUCAUGCCAACGACUCGGUGACCUCGCUUGGCUACCUGGGAGCAGCCACGCCCAGCACCAACUCUACUUCCUUGCUCUCUUCUCACACUGCCAGCCCAGCUACCACAGACACAAAUCUCGGUUCAGAGACGAGUGGAAGCCGUGAACGGUGUGACUCGCUGCCAUGCGCCCCACGCACGCGCACCACAAGUGAAGGUUAUGUUCCUGCCUCCAGUGCCCCGCACCACCACCCCCGACUUCUUGGACACAUGUCCGGCCAACGGCCAGCCUCGAUGUACGCCAAGCCUUCGCCCCCCAUUGACUGCUCCCCCGUCAGCCCCACGUCCGCUGGCUGUUCAACAGACAGCGCCGGGAGCUCGCUGUCCAUCGACGAGAUCGACGGCAGCAUUCCCUGGUCAUCAGACCACCAGCGUCCACAUGGGCGUAAUAGUUUAAGUGAUAGCGCAGGCGGCUUUACACCGCCAUCGUCACGGUACUCAGCACUUGACAAUGGGCGAUACAAGAGCCUGCUGUCGCCAGACGAGUCAAUGGCAUGCCCCAUAGCUGAGGAAAGUCUCACAGACUACAUGCCGUGGAGCCCUCACGAGGAGGACCUGCAGGAGUAUGUGCCCAUGGAGCGGCAGACCAGACUCAAUCUGCCCCUUGUAUCCUCAAUCAACAACAACAAUAACAAUAAUAAUAACAACAACAAAUACGAUACCUCAAAGACUGCCGGAUCACCCUCCGAAGGAUGUUACAUGGACAUGAGCAUCAACAGUCCAAGCAGCUCGUCUCCCUUGGAGACGACUGGUGGCUACAUGGUCAUGAGCCCAGGGGCUGAUAUUACUCCUCAGGCGCCACAAGCGUCAACCUUUACCCUGGGCAUGUUCAACAUCUCGUCGGGCGCAGGCAGCAUUUCCUCAGCAAACCACAGUCGCGCGUCCAGCAUGGCUGAAGACACCCCACUUGGUUAUGUGCCUAUGCUGCCCAUGUCAAUGCAGCAUCGUCAAGAGUCAUAUGUCGACCUAGACCACAGCAAAGGUUCCAUCGGAGGCAGCAGCUGUUCCCUGACCUCGGGAACACCCUCGAUGACCAACACUGGCGAUUUCAGCCACCCAUACUCUUCAGAAUUUCAUCUUGAAAAGGUGAGUUCGUAUUUUGUGCCGUCUGAAGAUGAGGAGGAGCACACGUCAGUGUCGCAGCCGAGCCUAGAAGUUUCGCAGCUGCGGCCAGCAAGAGCAUACUCACUGGGCUCUCGGCCUGAGGUUGUAAGGCCGGCGGCCAUAGCAGUCCCUCGAACCGAGACUCGGCCAAUGAGCGCCAAAACUCAGAUGCACCGCAGCCCGUCUCGCAACCGGAAGCAAACCGCGCCACCCUACCUGUCAAGUUCAUGGUCUGGCUCGGGGUGUGUGAUGCCUCCAAGCAGCGUCGCCGGCCGACGCCUGCAGACCAUCCAGCAGCAGCCCCAGCCGCAUAGACACGACGAAGACGACAACUUCAGCCUACUCGACUUUUCCAAGGCGGACACUGCGGACGAUUGCUACGUGGAAAUGCGCGUUGACUCAAAGCGCAGCCAGCCAAUCAACAUUGGAAGUCAGCCCAAGUCCUCCAUCAGCCCUGGCUCCUUCUCCCUCUCGGGCUUCCUCUCAAGGAAGAGCUCGAACAGCACCCCUCCCAAGACGGCCGCAUCCACCGCAUCAGCGACAGCAGCCGAGCCCUCCACCUCCUCCUCACCCUUUUCUUCCCUUCGGAAACAAGCGAAAAAGUCUAAAAGACAUUCAGAGUCAGCGACCCCGGUGGGCGUGUUCCUGUUCAGUCCGUCGACGCCGUCCAAGUCGCUGGUGCCGGAGGAGCAGUUCGCGCGGCUCAACGUGGAUUGUGGUGGCGGAGAGUCUGUGAUAGAGCAGCGGCGCGUGGGCACGGUGCAGAGGCCGGCAGCAGAACAGCUGCGGCCGCGAAACUCGGCAUCCGAGUCUGACUACGUGCCGAUGCAGCCGUCGUCCUUGAAGCGGGACGACGCGGCGCCUCGGAAGGCCCAGUCGGAGAGCGUGCUGACCAAGGACGACAACUACGGCGAGGGAAACUACGCCCUGAUGACCGCCAAACCCAAGGUCAGCAAGGCCCCUGUUCAGCCCAAGGUCCAGCCUCAGCACGAGGACUACGCCAUGAUGGAGAUGGCGGUCGGCGGACUCGCGCCCGCCUCCCCUGACCCCAAACCAGUGCCCACGGCCCUGGACAUCAUGGCGGCCAUCCCGCCCCUAGGCCCUUCCGAACUGGACACGGACUACGCGUUGAUGAUGCCCGGCGACGGCCGCACCAGCCCUGUGGUCUACGAGCCUGACCAGGCCAAGUGCCACGCCUCCCUGGAGGUCAAGGUCAAGGUGGACGAGGGCGACUACGCGGUGCUGGCCAAGGAUGAUUACGUGGUGAUGACGCCGGCCAUCAAGCCGCCCAUGCUGCUCAGCACCGAGCUGCACCUCAGCCACCCCCCGGCCACCUCCUCGGUGGCGACGGCGCACAGCCCGGUGCUGGCCAAGGAGCCCCUCGAGGCCAAGACAACCAGUCCGCGGCCCCUGAAGCCGCCGCCGCAACUGCCAAAGCAGCCCGAGCUCAACUACGCCUCGCUGGAGGACACCGAGGAGGCCCAACAGCCCCUCUUCCUGCGCAACCUCUCGUCGGACAGCUCGGGCGAGUCGGACGCCACCACCGUGUGCAGCAGCUCGACGCAGGCCCCUCUGCUGGGCACCCAGUACGCGCAGAUCGACUUCGAACGCACCCAGCAGCAGCAGCAGUGCAAGAAGAAGCAGCAACAACCAACGACGGCAGCUGUCAAGAAGAGCAAAGUGCAAUAACGAGCAGCUCUCUAUUAAAGGUCCGCUCGAUUUCCAAUCGGGGGGGUCUCUUGACUUUGCCUCGACUUUGUCUCCCCCGGUGUUGAAACGAUUCCAACGGUGCCCAGUUUAAAAAGUUUGCGCGAAAUUUAUAUUAGUCUUUGUUAUAAACGAACGUCGUCUGCCUCCCAUGUAAUUAGAAUUAAAAAAAAAAACGUAAUUUAGUGAACACAAACUCGAUAACGCAGGUGGACGACGAAAUGGGAAUCGUUUCUCCACUUGUCACGCGAGUGGAAAUCCCCUGACUGUGAGUUGGAAGGACCUUUAAAGUCACUCACACACUCACGCGCUAUAACUCUUCUCUUUUGUACGCAAAGUAAUUGUAUCGAAUAGUUUUGUUCUCUGUCUUGAGUCAUUUUUCGGACGCUUGCAGUAUUCCAGCUGCUUUUACACUCCGUUUUACCUGUUGAUUUACUCCCCGUCUCUUGUCCUGUCCUUGGCUCUUUUUUUAUAACCUACCCCUAUGUGUAUAAUGUUGAUGACAACCACACUCGCCGCCCCUUAAACGACCAACUUUGUUUCUAGCCCCAUUUUUAACCCUCUUGUUUCUUCGUUCCCCUCUAUAUAUAUGAAUAUAACACCCACACACAUAACAGACACAUUUGGAAGACGCGUUCACUUACAGUCGCUGUUUUUCUUUUUGUAAAUAUGUAUAAGAGUAAAUAUGGAAAGUCACACUCUCGUUACAAUUGUGUGAAAUGCGAUAUAUUUCAAAUAAAACAUCGUGAAGUGUAUACAAGAUUAAAA